UUUUUUUUUUUAUUAUUAUUAUAUUGAUUCUUUAACUAUUUAUUCUAUACCAUUUAUACGUAUAUGACUUAUUACUUUGUUAACCUUCCAUCAAUACUUUCAUGGUUAAAGUCUCAUUAUCGACAUGUAGUCAUUCCUUGUUGUAUAAUCUAUAUUCAAUAUCUCUUUUUCUCAGGGAACACAUUACCUUCCCCGUCUAGUACUAAAUCGUUUGAAUCUCCUACGUUGGUAAGACCGGCCGAAGCAGGAACACCAAGUGCCGUCGUCGCGUUACCAGAUGGGGUUUACCAUAAUCCACACCCUGUACAAACACCUAUGCAUGAUUUACCCGAAGCUUUGGUUGGAUUAUGGAAGCAAGGCAUUGAAAUGGACCUCAUUGUAUAUAUCAAUCAAAAUGAAUACUUUACCGAUUAUCAUUUAUCUCCUUCAUGCAAAAUCAGUCAUCUUAUUUUAGGUCAAUCCUUUGAUAUUCAAGCAAGACAUUUGACCAUAUCACUUUCUAAUGUGCAAUUCAAUUUGACGUUAUACGCCCAUAUUUUUCUAACAAGAACCGAAUCACCUAUUCAUCCUCAGGCAGUUGGUUUCAAUCCAGAUCAUAUUGUCUACAAAAGACACCGUUUGACGAAGCAUUAUACCAAAAACACUUCCAGUCCAUUUGUUAUGUUGAAAUCAUAUAUGCAAUAUGCAUUUUAUUCUCCGCAUCAUCAUUAUGACCAUGCAUCAUCACAACCUACUUCUUUAGUAUCAUAUUGGCAAGACACUAUGACAAUUGCUCUUGUUAAUGAUGGAAGAGAAGCAAUUCCAAAAGCAGCGUUGCAGCCAGCAACAUUAAAAUAUAUCUCACUGGAGAGAAUCACUACCAAGGAAAAAGGCAUCCAUCAACACCCUCCCCUUCUUGCUAGUGUCAAUGGAUAUCAAAUUGGGUUUUAUCGUCCUAUUGUCUUCCCAAAUGAUUUUUGGUCUCUUCAACGACAUGCAUAUCCAGUAAAUGAAAAUACAACGCACCUGCCAUUGACUAUUCAAGUAGAACCAAUGGCGAUGUGGAAAUUUAAUACGUUGGCUGCUUUCGAAGAUGUAUCCAAUCCAUUUGGCGGGACCAUGGAGGAAAUGGAACAAGUUAAACGUCUUUUUCUGGAAAUGAACCCUACCUGGUUAUGUACUCUCUUACUAUUAUGUGGUUUAUAUGGUUGUUUUUCUUUCCUGGCCUUUCAGAAUGAUAUUCUCUUUUGGCAAACCAAGAACAAUGAUAGAGGUAUAUCAAUAUUUGGAAUGCAACUACAAAUGCUGGCACAUGUGAUUCUACUGCUGAAUUUGAUGGAAAUACAUCGAGGUACUGGACUUCCUUUGGUACUCUUAUUGACCCGCGGUUUCUCUAUGGCGAUUCAUGCUUGGAAAAUGGAUAAGGCUUUAUCAUCAUCACAACAACAACUACGACAACAACGACAACAACAGCAGCAGCAGCAAAUGAUAUCAUCAACAUUUGAUGAAAAUUGGCCCACAACAACAAAUAAUGAUAGAUUAUUCAGCAACAAUGACGAGACAAUGAUCAUGAAAGUAACACCUUUACCAGAAUACAGCAAUGUCAAGUCUCUAGGCACAGUAUUUUUGUGUUGUCUUUGUGUUUGGCAUAUCGGAUUAUCUACAUGGGGAAGCACUAUAAUUCAUAUGUUGUCAGAAAUCAUCCGUUGUUUUGACUUUUUAUUUUUAUUGCCUCAAGUAUUCAAGAAUCAUCAAUCAAGAAAGGUCGAACAUAUCUCCAGACAUACUUUAAUUUACAAAUCAUUCAAUGUGGUUAUUGAUGCUGUAUUUGCCAUUAUCGUCAAGACUCCCUUCCUCCACCGUAUCACCUGUUUCCAUCAAGACAUUCUUUAUAUUUAUAUAUUUUAUCAACACUCUAUUUAUACUAGUAGCUCAUCUAGUUAGAAAAAGUUUAUCCAUCCUUCUCUCUUUAUGUAAAUAUAAUAAAACGAUAUUCUUUUGUAGUCCUCUUUUAAAAA